AUGAUGGGUUUGGUAAAUUUUUAUCAAUUAAAAAUUAAAAAUGCUUAGAUAUUGAGAGCAGUCUUCAAUGCCANCAAAACAUUGCUGUGAUGGAUUGCUAUUUAAUUCAGAGAUUCCUAUGUAACAUGUGGAUGGUUAUAAUCAGAAGUUAUAAGAAGAUUAAGAUAAUUAAGAUUAAAUUAUGAUCCAGCUGACAUUAUUGGAUUAAAGACUAAUAAUAUACAUCUAGAUUAUCAAAUGAGUUGUAUGUAUUACUAUUUAACUAAUUUGGAUGAAGUUCUUUUAAUGUCUUAAAUUCAUUAACAAUUAAAACAAACAAUUAAUUUACAUAGAUUUAAAAUAAUAUAAUAAUUAGCAACAGGGAGGUUAUCUGUAGUAUGUUUAGUAAAGAAAUAAAGAGAAUGGAUCAUUUUAUGCAAUGAAAGUGAUUGA